GUUUUCUCGAAUUGUCUAUUUGCAAAGUACGACGAUUUGACUGACUGGCUAAGUAAACGCGACCAGGUAGUCUUGUGUGUUAGACACCCAAAGCAGUCGUAGCAUUGUAUGCGUGCGUGUUUUUGUAUAUAAUUCGUGCGUGAAGUUCAACAGUUACAGAAUGGACCCGCAGGACAUUAUCAAGUUAGAGGCCCUUGUCGAGCUCGUGAAAUCGAAGCCAGAAACACUGUAUACGCCAGAGCUCGCGUUUUUUAAGAGUUACUUGGAGUCUCUGGAAGCAAAGCUGCCAGCCCGACCUAACGAAGCACAGUCGACUGCCAGUGCUCCGGAACCUGCGGCGGCGAAAACUGAAGAGUCAAUGAAGGGUGAAGAUGAAUCAGAAGAAAGUGAAGUUGAGCUGGAUGAGUCCGGAGUUGUUCCAGAGGAUGACGAUCUCGAGCUCCCGAUGGGAGAACCAGAUGUAGACUCUUCAGAAGCAGAUGAGGAAAAAAUCUCUGAGCUCCGAGGCCAAGCGGCUGAAGCAACCGGCGAGGGCAAUUUAGACGCCGCGCUGAGUUUAUAUACGGAGGCUAUAAAACUCAGCCCGAAAAGCGCUGCGCUAUUCGCAAAGCGAGCUCAGAUUUUACUUAAAAUGAAGAAGCCUAAAAACGCAAUCAAAGACGCUUCCAAAGCGAUUGACCUCAAUCCUGAUCAACCUUUGGCAUACAGAAUCCGAGGGCGGGCUCACGGUUUAUUAGGUCAUUGGGAACAGGCUGCGAGCGACCUCAACACGUCGUUGAAUAUUGACUAUUCUGAAGAGGCUAACGAAUGGCUGAAGGAGGUGGCUGGCAACGCGAAGAAGCUCCACGACCAUAAGCGGAAGCUCGAGCGCAAACGUGUGGAUAAGGAAGUCCGAGAACGACAAGAACGAGUUCGGCGAGCUCAGGAAGAACGCAAAAAGGCCGAAGGAACGUUCUCCGGUUCCCCUGGCGGUUUUCCAGGAAUGCCUGGUGGUUUUUACGGCGAUUUGCAGAAGCAACUAGCGGAGCUCUUCAAGGACCCCGAGGUUAUGAAGGCAUUCCAAGAUCCAGAAGUAGCACAGGCCUUCCAGGAUAUCACGACUAACCCCGCAAACAUGAUGAAGUAUCAGGGCAAUCCGAAAGUGAUGGCGCUUGUCACGAAAUUGAUGGGAAAGAUGGGCAUCGGUGGCGGAGCCGGCGCUGCCAUGGGCGGUGAUAACAGAGGUGGAAUGGGAAAUAUGUUUGGUUAAAUGUCAUGGACAUACUUUGUAUUAGUGUGUCUGUCUGUGAGUGGGCAGAACAGACUGGGUAUGCAACGACCCUUGUCACUGAAAGUUUCACCUAUAAUAAAAUGGAAUGCCAAUUGUGUAUUAUCACUCACAGUAUCAGAGGCGCAAACAGCAAUGCGCGUAUAUGAUAACACAGAAAGAAGACUUUGCUAGAAAAAUGCUAGACGACUCUUCUCAAAUGAAAUAAAAUAUGUCAGUCUUUUUUGAUUCAUGAA